AUGCACCCGCGGAACCGCUACAAAGACAAGCCUCCGGACUUUGCAUACUUGGCCUCCAAGUAUCCAGACUUCGAGCAGCAUGUCCACACCAACCUGGCUGGCAGAGCUAUGUGAGUACAGGGGCGUAUUCAUUAGCUACGGAAAUCGUUUACUGUUUAAGAACCAAACGGAAGCAAACAGAACAAAACAAUAGGGCAUAUUGGACAAAUUCAGCUAGCUCCCUCCCCGUUUCUUUCCGGUUGCUUCCACUGAGCUAAAGGGUUGCUUCCAUUUAAUUAACUUUUUGCAACAGAAUCGGCGUAAUGAAUACGCCCCAGUACAUAUGCUGUAGGUCAGUGGUUCCCAACUCAGGUCCUCGAAUAUCCCCAACAGUUCACAUUUUUAUUGUAGCCCCGGAUAAGCACACCUUAUUCAACUUGUCAUCUAAUCAUCAGGCCCUCAAUGAGUUGAAUCUCAGAUAUGUUUGUCCAGGGCUACAACAAAAAUGUGCUGUUGGCGGUACUCAGGGACCGGAGUUGGGAACCACUUCUGUUGACUUAAGACUAGAGUGCCAUUUUGUGCCACUAUUGAUUUGGUGUCACACCAGUAAAACCCAUGUGUGUGGCAGAAUGUUCUUAUUUUAUUUUCUCGAGUGCAAAGUGCUGCCAACUCCCCAAUAUGUUCUCUCAUUACUGUAGCUUUCUCACCUGUGUGUGUGUUCAGAGGAGGUUCAGAGAGUUGGCAGGAGAGAGGCAUCAAAGACAAUUUGAUUUUCCUCUUAGCCUUUUUUAUGGUGUGAUGAUUUUCUCCCGUCCUCUUUCGGAGGGAAUGGGGUCUCUCUAGAUUUGGGAAGGGAUCAAUCAAUGCCUCUGCAGGGACACAUCGCCCAGGGCCCACAUCGCCCAGGGCCCGUCCCAUUGAGGUGACCAUUAUGAUUGGAUGGCUGACAUCCUACUGUGCUAGAGGGUAGGGAGCUGAUGGGGUACGGGUAGGGAGGAGGAGGAGGAGGAGGAGGUGAGGUCACUUUAGGUAUUCAAUGUUCAGUAUUUAGACAGGAUGACAUUAACGGACAUCAUUGCUUACAACCAUGAUGAUUAGUGACCUGGCCAUGUUGGUGCUAUAGUUUGUUACAGACAUUACCCAUAGACACUAGCCUGUGGUUGCUUGUGAGGUUCAUUGGCUACAGAGGAAGAAAAAGGGAUGACUCAAAUGAUUAAUGCAUGCUCUACAGACAGAAUCUCAGCUCUGAUGGGGAGGAGUGGGAAGUUGGGAACCAGGGCUGGAGAGGGAAUGGGAGCUGCAGAGUGGGGGGUUAGGGGGGACAGAGCCUGGGGAGGGAUGGAGACAGUCUCAAUUCUCCCUGAGCCACUAACUGGAGGGCAGGGUCUGCCAGCCAGUAAUUGGGACACACACAGGGAUAUGAAAUAUGCAGAGAGAGGAAGAGAAAGAGAGGGGAUGGAGGUAGUGGGACAGAGAUUGAAGUAUGGAUAGAGCGAGACGGCGGGAGGGAGAGGCAGAGAGCUUUGGGGCUGCUUUCUAUCUCCCUGAGUGGCUUUUCAGAUCACAUCUCUACUGUCAAGAUUGUCCUCACUUUUCCUCACAGCACAAAGGCUUGAGAGAUUUCUCUCACAGAACUGACAAGGGGGAAGAUUGUGUGAUUGUGACUGCUGAGUCCUGUCACAUCACAUCACGGUGUGCUUUUGUGUAAUUUACUCCCCUUCUGGUUGAGGGAAAAACAAACACGCUGGCUGCUGAAGUGAGAGACAGUCAGGGGUAGGAACUGAAAUAAUUUUCAAAUCUGAACAGACAGGUCAGUUCAUCAAAUUUCUGCCCUGCUAGAGCUGCCCCAGUCAACUGUAAGUGCUGUUAUUCUGAAGUGGUAACGUCUAGGAGCAACAACGGCUCAGCUGCGAAGUGGUAGGCCACACAAGCUCACAGAAUGGAACCGCCGAGUGCAGAAGCGCAUAGCGCUGUCCUUGGUUGCAACACUCACUACCGAGUUCCAAACUGCCUCUGGAAGCAACGUCAGCACAAUAACUGUUAGUCGGGAGCUUCAUGAAAUGGGUUUACAUGGCAGAGCAGCCGCACAUAAGCCUACGAUCACCAUGUGCAAUGCCAAGCGUCGGCUGGUGUGGUGUAAAGCUUGCCGCCAUUAGACUCUGGAGCAGUGGAACCGUUUUCUCUGGAGUGAUGAAUCACGCUUCACCAUCUGGCAGUCUGAUGGAGAAUCUGGGUUUGGUGGAUGCCAGGAAACGCUACAUGCCCGAAUGCAUAGUGCCAACUGUAAAGUUUGGUGGAGGAUGAGUAAUGGUCUGGAGCUGUUUUUUAUGGUUCAGGCUAGGCCCCUGAGUUCCAGUGGAGGGAAAUCUUAAUGCUACAGCAUACAGUGACAUUCUAGACGAUUCUGCACUUCCAACUUUGUGGCAACGGUUUGGGGUAGGCCUUUUCCUGUUUCAGCAUGACAAUGCCCUAUGCACAAAGCGAGGUCCAUACAUAAAUGGUUUGUCAAGAUCGGUGUGGAAGAACUUGACUGGCCUGCACAGAGCCCUGACCUCAACCCCAUCGAACACCUUUGGGAUGAAUUGGAACGCGGACUGCAAGCCAGGCCUAAUCGGCCAAUAUCAGUGCCCGACCACACUAAUGCUCUUGUGGCUGAAUGGAAACAAGUCCCCGAAGCAACGUUCCAACAUCUAGUGGAAAGCCUUCUCAGUCGAGGCUGUUAUAGCAGCAAAGGGGGGACCAACUCCAUAUUAAUGCCCAUGAUUUUGGAAUGAGAUGUUCGACGAGCAGGUGUCUACAUACUUUUGGUCAUCGAUAGAAUGCCGCCGGAGGAGAUGGCUGCCGUUUUACGGGCUCCUAACCAAUUGCGCUAUUGUGUUUUUUCGCGUUUUGUAACUUAUUUUGUACAUAAUGUUUCUGCCACCAUCUCUUAUGACCGAAAAGAGCUUCUGGAUAUCAGGAGAGCGAUUACUCACCUCGUACUGGACAACGAUUUUUUCAUUAACGAGUCGGACGCAAAGGAUUUUCUUCAGACACCCGACAAGGCCCAAAUCCCCGUCAUUCGCAUGAGAAAGAGACGGAGAUAUCAGGACGUGUACUCCGAGCAUGCACUGACAAACUGGCAAGUGUCUUCAGUAACAUUAUCAACCUGUCCCUGACUGAGUCUGUAAUACCAACAUGUUUCAAGCAGACCACCAUAGUCCCUGUGCCCAAGAACACUAAGGUAACCUGCCUAAAUGACUACAGACCCGUAGCACUCACGUCUGUAGCCAUGAAGUGCUUUAAAAGGCUGGUCAUGGCUUACAUCAACACCAUUAUCCCAGAAACCCUAGACCCACUCCAAUUUGCAUACCGCCCCAACAGAUCCACAGAUGAUGCAAUCUCUAUUGCACUCCACACGGCCCUUUCCCACCUGGACAAAAGGAACACCUACGUGAGAAUGCUAUUCAUUGACUACAGCUCAGCGUUCAACACCAUAGUGCCCUCAAAGCUCAUCGCUAAGGACCCUGGGACUAAACACCUCCCUCUGCAACUGGAUCCUGGACUUCCUGACGGGCCGCCCCCAGGUGGUAAGGGUAGGUAACAACACAUCCGCCACGCUGAUCCUCAACACGGGGGCCCCUCAGGGGUGUGUGCUCAGUCCCCUCCUGUACUCCCUGUUCACCCAUGACUGCAUGGCCAGGUACAACUCCAACACCAUUAUUAAGUUCGCAGACGAAACAACAGUGGUAGGCCUGAUCACCGACAACGAUGAGACAGCCUAAAGGAAGGAGAUCAGAGACCUGGCCGUGUGGUGCCAGGAUAACAACCUCUCCCUCAACGUGAUCAAGAAAAAGAAGAGGACCGAGCACACCCCCAUUCUCAUCGACGGGGCUGUAGUGGAGCAGGUUGAGAGCUUCAAGUUCCUUGGUGUCCACAUCACCAACAAACUAUCAUGGUCCAAACACACCAAGACAGCUGUGAAGAGGGCACGACAAAGCCUAUUCCCCCUCAGGAGACUGAAAAGAUUUGGCAUGGGUCCUCAGAUCCUCAAUGUGCUACAGCUGCACCAUCGAGAGCAUCCUGACUGGUUGCAUCACUACCUGGUAUGGCAACUACUCGGCCUCUGUGACCACAAGGCACUACAGAGUGUGGUGCGUAGGACUUCUAUACCAGGCGGUGUCAGAGGAAGGCCCUCAAAAUUGUCAAAGACUCCAGCCACCCUAGUCAUAGACUGUUCUCUCUGCUACUGCACGGCAAGCGGUACUGGAGCGCCAAGUCUAGAUCCAAAAGGCUUCUUAACAGCUUCUACCCCCAAGCCAUAAGACUCCUGAACAGCUAAUCAAAUGGCUACCCAGACUAUUUGCAUUGUUCCCCACCCCCUCUUUUACGCUGGUGCUACUGUUUUUUUAUCUAUGCAUUGUCACUUUAACUCUACCUACAUUUACAUAUUACCUAAAUUACCUCGACUAACCUGUGCCCCCACACAUUGACUCUGUACCGGUACCCCCUGUAUGUAGCCUCGCUACUGUUAUUUUACUGCUGCUCCUUAAUUAUUUGUAUUUUUUUGUUAUCUAUUUUUUUACUUAACAGUUAUUUUUCUUAAUUGCAUUGUUGGUUAAUGGCUUGUAAGUAAGCAUUUCACUGAAGGUCUCCACCUGUUGUAUUCGGCGCAUGUGACAAAUAAGAUUUGAUUUGAUCUAGUGUAUUUACAUUCAUUGGCCAGAUGAGUGUAGGGCGCGAGAUGCGACAGACAUUCUGCGGUGGGGAUAGAGCGAAAGAGGGUGGAGGAGGCUUGGCUUGAAGCGCUGGACAACUUGUUGUUACGGCAUGCAUACAUCUGAUUUAGGUCCACAGAAUUAUACCUACGGAGGAGCGGCUUCUAUGAAGGAACUUUGAACGUCUUUGAACUUCAGAGUUGGCUUAACGUUGGACCAGCUAGCUAGCUAAAAAGCUUGUUUGUGCAGAGCGGCACCAGAAUUUAAAAUAAAAGACGUCUUAUGUUUUUAUAGUUAACAAAUUCAAUGUGAAACGUGAUAACUAUUGUAUCAUUAACUAGCAUUGAUAAGGUUAAUAUAUUCUUCUCUAAUAAAAAAAACCUGAAUCAAGCUUGUAAUGUCAUUUGUUAGGCUACUAGACUAUAUAGCUGUGUUCGAAUACCCAUACUAACAUACUGUAUACUACAUACUUAAUGAGUGUAUAUACUACAUACUAUAUACUAUUAGUUCAUUUAAGUAUACUUUAAACGUAAGGUAUCCUUUCAGGAGAGCGUACUAGCGCUUCACUUGUCUACCGGAAGUUGAUGCUGUUGCUAUGCAACCGCUUGCUAGCUUGUUAGCAUAACAAAUUACUAGCUAGACAUUUUAUGAUUUCAGGUGUCUUCGUAAAUUCAAUCUGGAGUGCCAGAGUGCGCUCAGAGUGCGCUCUGGGCGAUCUUAAAUCCAGAGCAUUGUCAGAUUGUCCGUAAAUUCAUUGUUUCGCACUCGGAGCGUUCAGAACGCACACUGACGCUCUGGCUGAGGAGUAGGGUUGAUCUGAGCAUUCUGACCUCACAAUGGCAGUCAAGCACCCAAGCUAACGUUAGCUAGCUUGCUAGCUACUUCCCGACACAAAUGAGAGAACACCUCACUCUGACCAUUUUACUCGCCCUAGCAGAGCUGGUUAGGCUGUUUUCAUGUUAUCCAUAACGUUGGUGACUAACUGUGCUGCUGGCAACAAUUUAAUUACGCUUUUCUUUGCCGACGUUUACUGACACCGGCCAUAUUCAACGGGUGUUGAGCGUUCGUAAAUUCAUUAAUUAUUCUGCGCUCUGGCACACUCACCCGAGAGUGCUCUUAAAUUGAAGUAGGCGGAAUUAACAAAGUCCAUUGAGAACGCAAAACGACUAUACCACUUAGCUAAGGAUGACGUGAAAAAUCAAAUCAACAUUGGGUAGUUUGUUAGAUAGCAUAUAGUUAAUAUACUGCCUGGCAAGUUCGAUUUAUUAGUAGCCAACUAACGUUAGGUAAAUAACGUUAGCUAACAUACUGUUGUAAUGCUAUGCGGUUUGUAAGGAUAGCGUAGCUAACAAAUUGUCGGGCAACAUAACGUGUAAUGUAACUUAUUUGAAAAGUCAUCACAUUGCACAACAUUUUCUUAACAUUUGUCUUAAUUAGGUAAAGCAAUUAAUUUGUAUCCGCACUCGUUGUAUUUCGGCUGCAUAUUUUCCGCCAUUUUCUUCAAAUUUGAAAACGUUUUGAAGCCACGCUCAUUUUCUGAAGAAUUGCAUUAUGGGCCCUAAAAAGCACUGAAAUAGUGUCCACUGCUUGUAUACUUCGUAUUUUGGCAAAUUUAGUACGACAUCCAGGAACUUUUGGCAUACUAUGACCAAUAAGCAUACUACAUACUCAAUUUACGUCACAAAUAGUCAGGUUAGUAUGAGUAUUCAAACACAGCUUAUGCUCAAGACUUUCAGCUGGCAGGCAGACACAGGAAUACGUUUCUGAGUGACAAAGUAAGGGCUUUGCAUAGGCGCUUUUUGUGGGACUGGAAAAAAACUCCUGCAAUGGAAAAUAACGUUAUUAACCAGAUCCCAUGCUUUUCAAAUAAGUUAUGUUCUGGGACAGUAUAGAUCACCUUUGUUCCCAGUUCUGAUUCUGUUCCUCCAAAAAACAUUUCAUUUACAAGGCGAAAUAAAGUCUUGCUUCAAGAAGCUUAGAGGCUAAAUUGAAAGCCCUCAGAAGUCCUGGUCGACCAGUAUUGUCUCCGCCUGUGUCUGCAGGAGAGGUUAUUAUGGCUGGGUUGGCAGCCAGGUGCAGUAGCGAGAAAGACAAGACGAGAAGACGAGAAAGGCAGGCAAGCGAACAAAGGAAGAGAGGAAGGCUGUUGGGAUAAUGUUGUUUUUGAUGUCAACUCAACUGCGCGGUCAUCACUACACCUGGAGCUGACAGCGCAUAAUAAAGCACAUCUCUCUUGCUCUUCUUCUCUGCCUUCUGUUCUUUCUAUACCUCCAUCUUGUCUUUGUCCAUUCCUUCUCUGCCUUAUUUCUGUCUUGCUCACUCUUCUCCCCCCCCCCCCCCCCCCACCCCUCUCUCUCUCUCUCCCCCUUUCUGACUAUGUGGUCUCUGUUUGAUGGUAGAGGAUGAGUGUCUUGUGUAGCCGGCCUCUCUUUGAUUCCUGCUAAUGACGGACUGAAGGCCCAAACCUCCCCAGCCGAUGUCUAGCCUGUCCAGCACCACUCCAAUUAGUAGAUCUCCCCCCUCCCAAUAUGUGUGUGUACCCCUCUCAUUCGUACUCCAGGAAAUGAUCCAGCCUUGUCUUUGUGGUGAACUUGCCAACAGUCUGCUCAGUGUGAAAAUUACAUUGUGUAAAUGCAGAUGAAUGCAGACACACAUGCCGAUGUCACCACCAGGUGCAAGCGUCUACUGUGUGAGUGAAAACAUAUUGGCAUGAGCUGUGGGUAUUUUCAUUGUGAAUGUGCAGAGUGUGUGUGAGCUAGUUAGUGGGUGAAAACAUAUUGGUGUGGGUACUUUCAUUGUGAAUGUGCGGAGCGUGUGUGAGCUAGUUAGUUUAUCAGCAGUCUGGCGUGGCUGUUUAGGGAAUAUGUGGGCGAGCAGUGAGGCAGAGGAGAGCUAUUUAAAUGUGCUUGAUGUCCAUCUGCAGCAGCCAGGUGUUGAUUACAGGAGAGAGAAUCAUUACUAUACAGUCCAUGACUCACUGACAAACUUACAGAAGGACAUACGGAUAGAGAGAUGACUCACUGUCAGAACUAAAGACACUGACAGACAAAAAGAGGGCCAUUAUCAUACGUGACUCACUGAUGGACAGACUGACAGACUGAGGGAGACGACAAACAACCUCUUUCUCUAGAGUUUGCUCACUACCAGACCCACAUGGGUUCAAAUAUUAUUUGUUUUCUUUCAAAUAUUUCAGCAGCGCCUGAUUGAGCUGGCCUGGUGCAAUGGAACAAAGCCAAUAGUCCUAAAAGUGCAAGAUCCUACACUGAAAACAGACCUACCAGUGAGACACGACAAGCCUUCAUCCUGAACAUCCCAACAAUCCAACACUGUCUCAUUGCAGCUCUUACACUAGUGUGAACACAACUUAAAGCUUAAAGGGAACUCCAGGAUUAGUCUACUGCUUGGCAAAUCCUGUCUAUGGAUGUUUUCUUCUUUGCCAGUGAUUUAGGAUCCCCCUCUGCCACCAAGCAAGUGGUUGGAUUAGCAUACUUCUAUAUUUGUGGUGUAUUAAUCUGGUAAGUAAGUAGCCUUAGUUGAGUACUUGAGCAGCCAUUGAUUCAGUGGAUCAGAGUUAUCUUGGGGAGACGAUGAGGAGACAGCCAAUUCCUCUGAGAUAAAUAAACCAGUCUCCUCUCACACUCUGGGCCCCACUGGAGCUGGAGAUGGAGGGGGAGAUGAUUGAGAGAACUUUGGAGAGAGGGAUGAGAGAGAAUUAGCCUUUAGAAUUGAAAGUAGAUAUCUUUUUGGGGUUCUCGUCAAGGAGAGGGAGGGAGGGAGGGAGAGCAAUAGGAGAGAUGGACAGUGAAAAGACAAUCAACACCACAGAGCAAAAUUCGUAUGAAUGGAGUGAAUAGUAAAAGGGAAGAUGAGAGCGGGAUGAAGAUGAGUACAGAGGAGAUGGAUAGAUAGGACUCAGAUGGCAGAGAAUGAUGGGAUUAGGAAUCAAGAACCAGAGAGAUGACCCAGCCCAGGCGUUCCAUCAUGGCUGGCUGAUGACCCAUGAUGCCGUGGGGUGGCAUUAACAAUUCAACACUCACUGGUUGACAUUUAAUUUAGCUGUCAUAAUUUUUUUGGGGGCAGAUAUUACCAGCAGAGAAACCAUCCAUGGUGGGUAGAGGAGUUUUUCCCCUUCCUUUAAUAAAUUGAAUAAUAUAACUUUCCAUCUCACAGUUGGUUCCUUCCUGGUGCUCUGCUUGCAUUAUUAACACAGUGGAAGGCAGGAGGAGGUGGUGAAGGGAGAAAUAUGCAUGGGUCAGUCUGAAAACGAGACCUCUUGACUUUUUCACAUUUUGUUACAUUACAGCCUUAUUCUAAAAUGGAUUAAAUAAAACAAUUUCCUCAGCAAUCUACACACAAUACCCCAUAACGACCCAUGGGGCGGCGCACAAUUGGCCCAGCGUCGUCCAGGGUAGGGGAGGGAAUGGCCGGCAGGGAUGUAGCUCAGUUGGUAGAGGAUGGCGUUUGCAACGCCAGGGUUGUGGGUUCGAUUCCCACGGGGGGCCAGUAUGAAAAAUUAAAUAAUGUAUGCGCUCACUAACUGUAAGUCGCUCUGGAUAAGAGCGUCUGCUAAAUGACUAAAAUGUAAAUGUAAAAUGUACAAAGCGAAAACAGGUUUUAAGAAAUGUUUGCAAAUGUAUUAAAAACAGAAAUACUUUAUUUACAUAAUUAUUCAGACCCUUUGCUAUGAGACUCGAAAUUGAGCUCCGGUGCAUCCUGUUUCCAUUGAUCAUUCUUGAUGUUUCUACAACUUGAUUGGAGUCCACCUGUGGUAAAUUCAAUUGAUUGGACAUGAUUUGGAAAGGCGCACACCUGUCUAUAUAAGUUCCCACAGUUGACAGUGCAUGUCAGAGCAAAACCCAAGCCAUGAGGUUGAAGGAAUUGUCCAUAGAGCUCUGACACAGUAUUGUGUCGAGGCACAGAUCUGGGGAAUGGUAGCAAAACUUUAUUGCAGCAUUGAAGGUCCCCAAGAACACAGUGGCCUCCGUCAUUCUUAAAUGGAAGAAGUUUGGAGCCACCAAGACUUUUCCUAGAGCUGGCCACCCGGCCAAACUGAGCAAUUGGUGGAGAAGGGCCUUGGUCAGGGAGGUGACCAAGAACCCGAUGGUCACUCUGACAGAGCUCUAGAGUUCCUCUAGAACAUUCCAGAAGGACAACCAUCUCUGCAGCACUCCACCAAAUAGGCCUUUAUGGUAGAGUGGCCAGACGGAAGCCACUCAUCAGUUUGCCAAAAGACACCUAAAGAAUCUCAGACCAUGAGAAACAAGAUUCUCUGGCACCAUCCCUACGGUGAAGUGGGGAUGUUUUUCAGCGGCAGGGACUGGGAGACUUGUUAGGAUCGAGGCAAAGAUGAACGGAGCAAAGUACAGAAAGCUCCUUGAUGAAAACCUGCUCCAGAGCGCUCAGGUUCACCUUCCAACAGGACAACAACCCUAAGCACACAGCCAAGACAACGCAGGAGUGGUUUCGGGACAAGUCUCUGAAUGUCCUUGAGUGGCCCAGCCAGAGCCCGGACUUGAACCCGAUCGAACAUCUCUAGAGAGACCUGAAAAUAGCUGUGCAGCGACGCUCCCCAUCCAACCCGACAGAGCUUGAGAGGAUCUGCAGAGAAGAAUGGGAUAAACUCCCCAAAUACAGGUGUGCCAAGCUUGUGUCGUCAUACCCAAUAAUACUUGAGGCUGUAAUCGCUGCCAAAGGUGCUUCAACAAAGUACUGAGUAAAGGUUCUGAAUACUUAUGUAAAUGUGAUAUUUCAGUUUUUUUGUGUGCUUAAAAGAAAAUAAAUAUUUUAGCGUUGUCAUAAUGGGAUAUUUUGUAUAUACAGUGCCUUCAGAAAGUAUUCACACCCCUUUACUUUCUACACAUUGUGUUGUUACAGCAUGCAUUUAAAAUAAUUGAAAUUGUGUCACUAAUCUAUACACAAUACCCCAUAAUGUGGAAUUCUGUCAGUACAUUGUUUUUCAAUAAUUAAUCAAAAUGUCAAAGCUGAAAUGUCUUGUCAAUAAGUAUUCAACCCGUUUUGUUAUGGCAAGCCUAAAUAAGUUCAGGAGUAAAAAUGUGCUUAACAAAUUGCAUAAUAAGUUGCAUGGACUCAUUCUGUGUUUAAUAAUAGUGGUUAACAUGAUUUUUGAAUGACUACCCCAUCUCUGUACCCCACACAUACAAUUAUCUAUAAAGGUCCCUCAAUCAAGUAGUGAAUUUCAAGCACAGAUUCAACCACAAAGACCAGGGAGGUUUUCCAAUGCCUCGCAAAGAAGGGCACCGAUUGGUAGUUGUGUUAAAAUAAAAAAAGCAGACACUUAAUAUCCCUUUGAGCAUGGUGAAGUUAUUAAUUACAUUUUGGAUGGUGUAUCAAUAGACCCAGUCAUUUAAAAAGAUUCAGGUGUCCUUCCUAACUCAGUUGCCGGAGAGGAAGGAAACUGCUCAGGGAUUUUAUCAUGAGACCAAUGGUGAUUUUAAAACAGUUUAAUGGUUGUGAUAGGAGAUAACUGAGGAUGGAUAAACAACAUUGUAGUUACUCCACGAUACUAAUAAUAUAAAUACAAAUAUUCCAAAACAUGCAUCCCGUUUGCAACAAGGCACUUUAAGUAAUACUACAAAAAGAUGUGGCUGAGAAAUUAACUUUUUGUCCUGAAUACAAAGCGUUAUGUUUGGGGCAAACCAACACAACACAUCACUGAGUACCACUCUUCAUAUUUUUAAGCAUGGUGGAGCUGCAUCAUGUUAUGGGUAUUGUCAUCGGCAACGAUUAGGGAGUGUUUUUAGGAUAAAAAUAAAAGGUAUACAGCUAUAAGCACAGGCAGAAUCAUAGAGGAAAACCUUGUUCAGUCUGCUUUCGAACAGACACUGGAGACGGCUUCACCUUUUCAGCAGGACAAUAACCUAAAACACAAGGCCACAUCUACACUGGAGUUGCUUACUAAGACGACGUUGAAUGUUCUUUAGUGGCCUAGUUACAGUUUUGACUUAAAUCGGCUUGAAAAUCUAUUGCAACGUUUGAAAAUCGCUGUCUAGCAAUGAUCAACAAUCAACUUGACAGAGCUUGAAGAAUGUUUUAAAAGAAUAAUGGGCAAAUAUUUUUCAAUCCAUCGCCGCUAAAGCUGCUUCUACAAAGUAUUGACUCAGGUGUGUGAAUACUUAUGUAAAUGUAAUAUUUCUGUAUUUCAUUUUCAAUAAAUAAAAACAUGUUUUCACUUUGUCAUUAUGGGGUAUUGUGUGUAGAUGGGUGAGAAUUUUUUUUUUUGAAUUCAGGCUGUAACAACAAAACGUGGACUAACUCAAGGGGUAUGAAUACUUUCUGAAGGCACUGUACCUCUUCUGUGUAUGCUAAGCUUGAAAAUCUGAAGGAAGUGUAUAGGUAGCUUUUAUGGUGGAAGUGCACUAAAUCACCUCAACCUCCCUGAUUGGUCGACUGGGUUACUGAUUACAGCCAACUGAUUACCAGGACCUCUCUGAUUGGUUCGCUUGUUAACCGAUGAGACCCCCUGAUCAGCAUAGACUUUGAUUGGGGCUGAGCUCUUUACUGAGUAUAACUGUGGCUUCUUUGAAUGGCUUCAGCUUGUCCUUGGCAUUGUUUUUUUCAUAUGCCUGAUGAGCUCUUCUACAUAAGUGCCUUCUUCAUUUAAAGUGGAGCUCUCCUAGUCUUGGCUACACCGAGUCAGGAACAGUCAGUAAAGUUUGUGUUCAGUGCGUGGGAACAAUAACCUGACUUAGGAAGAGGAGCUGCUAAUCAGCAUAAGAAUUAUACUGUGCGUUAAGAAUAAAAAUGUGUUUGCCCUGAAUGUCACCUCUCCAAACCCACCUCUCUAUCUCUCUCUGGGCUGAUGAAGGACUACGCUAGCGGAGGGUGGAGGUGUGGGGCUCCUGGGCUGUUGUCUUGCUGGCUUAUUCAGCUGCAGCAGUUAGUUAUAAUUAUAAUUAUAUAAUAAUUAGUCAUUUAGCAGACGCUCUUAUCCAGAGAGUUCCCUAGGUAGAUAUGGUUUUUUUCAUCUCACUGCCCUAGGACUGUUCUAGUGCUCAUCACAGUUUCACUUCCCUCAUCUCUCUCUUUAGCUCACAUUCUUCUACUUCCUCUGCUGAUAUUUUGCCCUCUAUCCCCCCCCCUUUCUAAUUGGUGUACUCCCUCUUUCUCUUUACUGUCCUCUGUUUCUCACAAUCUGUAUUUCCUAAUGCAGAGAGAAAUUGCUGAGUAUGCCUCUCAGUUUGGAGUCCGUAGGGAGACCAGAACUCCCUGUGCAUUCACCCACCACAGCCCACAACCCUCUGAACCACAGGUUUGAACCUACCUCGCUCUCACAACCUUUCUCUGUUUUCAUUACGAAAGGUUCGCUUAGGCUUAUUACCUCCCUUAUCAUUCCACCUGGGUCCUCUACAUCGCCAUCCCCCUCACUCAUCUUAUUCCUGUAACACCUGCAAACCUACAAGAUGAAUUCUCUCAUAAACACGUUUUACACUACCACCGGUUUGUCCCAUGUCCCACACCGUCCAUCCUCACCACCGUAAGACGCACAAACGUCCAACCUACAAUGUGUGUCUCGAUCUCGAGCACGCUCACGCUUCUUCCGGUAUCAGCCAUAUUGCUCCAGCGUGGCUGGAUUUACGUUUGCUUACUGCUUGUGUGUGCUGGUGGGUCUGGGUGGUUGCCAUGGAGACCCGGCGUUGCAGUGCUCUGCAGUACAUAUAUACACACACACACACUCAUCACAGUCUAAAAAUAGAGGGCUGGGCAGGGAGGCUCUGAAUGGCCUCGUUCUCUGCAUAUUGGUUAUUAGACUAUGAGAAACUGUGAGACCUGAAGACAGUCUGAGCUAAUGCCUAGGCUUUAGCUCAGCGGACUAACACUGUCUUCAGGGACAUGGGUUCGAACCCCAGUCUGUCACAUAUGUACUAUAUAACUCACACUUUCCCCCAUAGGCACAUAGCCUAACUCAUCCUCUCCCUGUAGUCCUGCUCAUCAUCAGUGAUAGUCUCUCUCCUCUCCGCCGUAGCUGUGGUGGAUCUCCCUCUUGCCCCCCCAAACCCAGCUAGGAGGUGCCAGACGCUCCUAUCACCAGGAGGUGUCUAAAAACGGUCUGUGGAGGUGUGAAUGCAGCACACACGCUGGUUAAUUACAUAUAUCUUGUGCUAUCUGUCCCUUCUCUUUGUCUCUCAAACCCAAAACAUGCUUUCCAGUCUGUCUCUGUGUGUGUUUCCCAAACCCAAAAGGGCUUUCCAGGCAGUGGAAAUCAUAACAAAUGUAGAGAGGGAGGUGUGUGGGUCUGGUUAAUGCUGGAAAAUAUUAUUUCUGUAUCGUUAGCGAGGAAAUGUAAAUUGAUGAGCUCCUUAUUUCAUUUGUCGUCGGGUCUCAUCGUGGUGGUUGACGUGCGAUGAGCAGUAAUGAGGGGGGAAUGGGCUUUAUGGAGCACUGGGCUUCUUAGGAAGGAAAGGGGGGAAUGCAGUCUAGUGCUGCCUGGAAGAGGGGUGGUUUAUGUGACAUGGUGUCAGUAGAAGCCUGGAAGGGUGGUCUUUAGGAGAAGUGGCAGGGUAGUCACUGGUGGGGUAGAAUUGAUUUGCCAUUUUAUUUAGGUCUUCUUUAGGUUAGUGGCUCAUUGUGAGUUUCCAAGAAAUGUGUUACGGUCUUGGUUUAUGGUUUUGGUUUAUAGGUGUAGUUACUUUAGCAUUGUAACUGUUUUCCCACCCCCUCCUGCAGGCUGAACUUCAAGGAGCCAGAGGCGGUGCGAGCCCUGACCUGUACCCUGCUGAAGGACGACUUUGGACUGACCAUAGACAUCCCUCUGGAGCGUCUCAUCCCCACUGUGCCUCUCAGACUCAACUACAUCCACUGGGUGGAGGACCUGAUCGGAGGCCAGGGGGAACCACGCAGGGGCAUCGACAUUGGUAGAGUUAUGACCUCCAAUAACCACUACUAAAUAUAGCCCCUCUCUUCCUAUCCUAUUCUCUCUCCCUUGAUCUCCUUGAAAUUAACCCAAAUGAACCAUCCAUCUUGGUUCAAUCAUAAUUGCUAGGAUGCCUCUUUACCACAACUCCAAUCCUAUGUCAUGUUUCUGUAGAGGAAUAUAUGGCUUUUAUAUGGCCUGUCCCUUUACUCCCUCCACUGGUUCUUAGUUGUUACAUCAGACAGUUGAUUUCUCACCUGUCUAUAUAGAGCACAAUUAUCCUCAAUGCUGAAUGGGAUGAAAUAACUCCCAUUAAUUCCCAUACAAACAUCACAUCAGGAAUGGAGAGUGAUCAAGGUAUUUAUGUGUUAUCAUGUUUGUUUGCUCAAGGUAUAUUCCUCCAGCAGUAACCUUUCUGGGUAUGACUCAUUGCUGCGUCCCAAAUAGCACCCUAUUCCCUACAUAGUGCAUUACUUUUGACCAAAGCCCAAUGGGCCCUGGUCAAAAGUAGUGUGCUAUAUAGGGAAUAGGGUUCCAUUAGGGAAACAACCUAUAAGGGCGGCUGUCUGACAAUGCACAUUACAGGCUGGCAGAGAGGGGCUGCCUGGCACAGGUCUAGCCCAAGACACAUGUUCGAAGUCUUAGAGUAGUGCUGAUAUAGGAUCAGUUUUGCCUUUGAAAUCAUAAUGAAUACGAUUUUAAUUACAGGGGGGACCUGAUCCUAGAUCCGCACUCCUGCUGACUCUUACUAGUCCCAGAGCAGCUGGCUGCUAGUGGGCAUCACAGACUGGCAGGGAUACUGGCAGAGAGGGGCUGCAUGAUGGCUGCACUCCACCUUCAGAUCCCACAUGUACUGUAGGCCCAUCUAUUUCCUGUGGACCACUGGAGAUCACUGGCCAAAUCCCCAUCCACAUGUGAUGGCUGGUUUCCUGCUCUAUCAGAGAGUGUGAUGUGUGUGCACAUGUGUCAGUUUAGCUCCUUAGUGAGACGAACAGGUCAGUGAUUGGUGACCCUGGUGCCUGGUCCAUUCUGUAAGCUGAUUGGAGAUGUCACUCUCCUGAUGGAUAGCCACAGGGCAUUACUCUCCCAAGCCUUGACCUGCCGGGUGCCAUCUCACCCAUCGCUACUGCCCCAGGGGACCUCACUGUGGUCGGUUAGAUUGGAGGCCCUGGUCUCUGUUAGGCCUGAAUGAUCUGAUCAUGUUUGUCUGGAUCACCUCUUAUUAAUCCAUUAUGGACACGCACUCAGACACACACCCUGUCUCUCACGUAGUGUGUUAUAUCCCCAGGUACUGGAGCAUCCUGUAUCUACCCCCUGCUGGGAGCCUCUAUGAAUGGCUGGCAUUACCUGGCGACUGAGGUAGAUGACAUCUGCUUUGACUACGCCACCAGGAACGUAGAGCAGAACAACCUCUCAGACCUCAUCAAAGGUGAACUGUUUCACUAUGUAGUGCUCUGAGAGGCUAUAACUUGUUAUAGUUUAUAGACACCAGGAACGUAGAGCAGAACAACCUCUGACCUCAAAGGUCAGUGGCAAGUUGUCCAUUGGUAGUCGCAUUGUAAUGUACUACUGAAAGGAAGAUGGCUUGAAACCUUGUUGAUAAUGUGUCCUUGUCCUGUCUCAUGUCCCAGUGGUGAAAGUUCCCCAGAAGACCCUGUUAAUGGACGCUUUAAAAGAGGAGUCAGCCAUCGUCUAUGACUUCUGCAUGUGUAACCCUCCCUUCUUCGCCAACCAACUAGAGGCUAAGGUAGGCCUCUUUCGAUGUAAAGUGUUUUGAGUAUCUGAAAAAACAGCUUUAUAAAUCUCAUUUAUUCACUGGUUGUUUUUUCUCUCAUUUAUCUUCUCUUCCUUUCUUUUCCUGUCACUUUAUUCCUGUUACCCUUUACUUUUUCUCCCCAUGCCCCUCUGUUUUCCCCCUCCCUCUCCUCCCCCCUCCCUUUCCAUCCUCCUCUCCCCAGGGGGUAAAUUCCAGGAACUCUCGUCGUCCUCCCCCCAGCUCAGUGAAUACAGGUGGUGUGACAGAGAUCAUGGCUGAGGGCGGAGAGCUGGAGUUUGUCAAGAGGAUCAUCCAUGACAGCCUGCAGCUCAAGACACGCCUGCGGUGAGAGACACACGCAGCACGCAGCACGCAGCACGCAGCACGCACACACAAACACCACAUAUUGGUCCACAUCAAUACACUGAGCCUUCACAGAAGGAAGUGUUCAAAAUCGCAUCAUGCUGGAUUCAGAUUGCUCAUGCUUUAUGAAUGCGCCACUUUCCUAAACCCCAAAUAUAAUAUAGAAAAGCCUGAUGGUUAUCAGUUGGCGUUGUUAGGUGUUUGUUCAUUACCGUCUGUUACAAAUGCACCCUUUCAUUUAGGAUGAGAGGAAAGGUAAGGGAUUGAGGGAUGAGAGGGGACCACUGAUGGAGGAGAGCAGGGCCAGGAGCAGGGCCAGAUGGGGUGCAGGGAUGGAGCUGUCACCCAGAGUUUGUUUAAUGAAUUGGCAUUAGGGGUAAACAGUCACCCACCCCCUGGCAGUAUCCGCACGCCCGCAGGGAACAGCUGUGUGUGUGGGGCGUACAGAUCCCCCUCCACACACACCACUACUCUCCACCUCCACAAUUACAAGGCUUGUCAGUGGUGCAGUGGAGUGAGACACGGAUGGAGGGAGGGAGGGAGGGAGGAGAGGGAAAGAGAGCGAGAGAGAAAGGGGGAGAGAGAGAGGGGGAUAGGCACUAUUAGAGUUGAUCAGACCGCACGCAUGCAUGGUGACUGGGAGACAAGUGGCUGACAUGGAAGGUGUGUGUGUGUGUUGAACUGUGUGUGUCACUACAUACUUUUGUGUGGAGAGAUGAUUGUCAACCACAAGAGAGUGUGAGUGCGUCGGUGUGCUCAUAUGUUUCAGUGGAAAGCUGAGUGGCCCUCACAGGGGGAAAAGUGUCUGUCUCCCUCUGUCUGUUUGCCUGGCUGUGCAUGUGUCUGUGUGUUAACUCUUGUGUGGUGCGCUUGGCUUGUGUAGAGAUCAUAGAUGAGUGUCUGCCACAGGGGAAGGCGUGCCCGCCCUAGUCUCCCUCUCUUCCGCUUCUGUUCCUUCCUGUCCUCCCUCUCUCCUGUAGUGUGUGUGUGUAGUGUGUUUGGGGCCGGGGCCAAGGCAGCAGUAGCAGGAUGUCACUCCACACACUGCAUGCUGGGACAGCAGAGCUACCGCCAGGUGUCCACGGAAACCAAGCCAGCCCCUCUGAUUGAUCCUCUGAGACCCACCAUUCCCUCUCCAACCCCCCCCCCCCCCCCCCCCUUCUCUUCAACAACACUGAGCUGUAAUUACUCUCACCAGACUAUCACACACAGAUACACACACACACACACGCACAGUCGCACACCCCAACCACCAGCCAGGAAAAGGAGCUGAUUCCCCUGAUUCCCCCUUAUCAAGGUGAUGCCCUCUGCUAAUCGUUGUCUGUUAUUGAUAUGAUAAUCACUAUCUUUGUGGAGGGGGUAAUAACAUUGUAAUCACCAGUCUUUUUGCUCUUGGAGGGGUUUGCUUGAAAAGAAAUGAAUGACUGCCAAGAAUCUGAAUGCUUCUGUCUGACCCCCUAUGAGAGAUUUGUUUUUUGGGGAGGGAAGGUCUUGCUGGAGGAAGGAAGUGAGGAAGCUGUCGCGUGUGUGUGUGUGUGUGUGUGUGUGUGUGUUAACAUGAAUGCUCAGCAGCCUCCUCGCUGCAUGACAAAGUGGGGGACAUCUGGGGAUAUUAGAGGUCCUCAAUAUUUCAUGGUGCCACUUGAGGCGAGGCCUUUGCGCCCCCAACCCUACCCAAAACCCUCUCACCCCCACCACUCCCACCCUUACCCCUAACCCCAUUCUGCAGGCGCUUCUCUGAGUAGGCUCUUCCCCAAUCUUUCAAGGCUUUUAGUGAAUGCCAUCAAGCUCAUCUGGCAUUUUUUGUUAAAUAUCUAGCCAGAUUGGUUUUUGUGUUGUGUGUUGCCCUCAAACACAGUGUACACUUUGUAGUGGGCUUGUUUCCUGUGCCAGUUCCCAAACCUUUCAGUGCUUUCAAUGAAUGUCAUUGAGAUCACCUACAUUCUUAUUUUAUUUAAUUAAACAUUUAUUCAAAACCUUUUUCAAAUCUGGUUGGCUGUAGUAGUCUAUGUGCUGUGUAAAGGUCCUGGGUUUCCUCUCCCCUUUUAACCCUUUAGACUUGUGGGAAUUGGCCUAUAUGGAUAGGGCUACAUUGAAAUGUUUCUUACAGAAGAAAUAUGAAAAGAAUAUGCAUAACCAUGGUAGCAAUUGAUUGGGAACAGUUUGGAGAUAAUAGGACAAUUAUUAGGCAAAAAGUGAGUACACAACAGUUCACCUGACACAAGACUGAAUCCAAACAUUACACUGUUGAUUUUAUGUGCAUUUUACAUUUACUGUACUUUUUGCCACAUUUGUUGAUAACAAAAUAUUAAACAUUGAGUAACAUGCUAACAAUAUUCCUGGUAAAUGUGGGGUAGGUGCAACAUAAGACAAAACAAUGAUAAGGGUUUGAGUGAGAGAACUAACUGGUGUCUCCAAGUGGCCAACCACCUCUCCAAGUGUGCACAGUUCCUAAGCAAUUUUAAUGCACUUUUAUGACUCAGAGUCUUCAACUAUAAGGUACUUUUUUAAGCUCUUCUAGCUGUGCCAUUGAGGAACUAGAGCAAGCACACUUGUAGUAGUUUUGUUUGGAACACAACCCUGCAACUCCGCCAUCACACAAUUACUGUUGUUCCAAAAACAUUCCAUUAUAAAUCACAAUCUGGGUCAGAUGGUUCUAAAAGCAUUUGAAAGCUUGUUGUAUUGCCAACAUGACUAGCUAAGUUAUAAAAUAUGAUCUUAGUGUUACAUUUUGAUAAAAAUUACAGACCUCUACAUGCUUUGUAAGUAGGAAAACCUGCAAAAUCGGCAGUGUAUCAAAUACUUGUUCUCCCCACUGUAUAUAGUAUCUAGGCCUAAUUAAUCUAGACAUGAGGGCAACCCAAUCAGACGAGGUUUGUCAUACAUUGUUUAGUUUGUUUUCCUAUCCAGAUUGACUCCCUGCUAGGUUUGUCCCAGUCUAUUUCUCCCUGCUAGAUAGUACUGAGGCUCUAUAUGCUGUUGUAUUGAUUACCAGAGACUCAUCUCUUCAUUGCAGAGGAGAGAUAUUGAUCUGCUCUCCUGCUCAGGCCCCAGACAUCAAAGCUCUGUUACUCCAUAGACUCAUACUGUCCCUGUUGUUGUUCUAGCCCUGCCUCUCUCUUGCUUUCACAGUCAUUAAAACUACAGCUGAAAUCGUAGCUACCCACUCUGCCUCAGAACUACAAAAACAGAAAGGCAGUUAGGAUCUUUUUCCAACAGUCAUGGAGGGAAGCUAGAGGGAUAUCCAAUAUCUGCAGCUUGUUUGAUCUCAGACAGGGGUUCAUGCCCAGGUCGCUGGACACACACUCCUAAGAUUAUUUUUCUUCCAGGUGGUACAGUUGCAUGCUGGGAAAGAAGUGCAGCCUGGCACCUUUGAAGGAGGAGCUGAGAAAACAAGGGGUGAGUGCACACACACACACACAUUCGUGCACGCACGCUCACACACAGACACAUUCGUGCACGCACGCUCACACACAGACACUUGGAUAUAUUUGAGACACUCGUCAGAAUGGGAGCUCCGACGAUACGACAUUUGAUGCUCAUACAUAGUCUUAUACACACAGCACUCGCAAACAGUUACAACACACAGAUGCACUGUACAUUUACAUUUUAGUCAUUUAGCAGACGCUCUUAUCCAGAGCGACUUACAGUUAGUGAGUGCAUACAUUUUCAUACUGCCAUGUACCAAACCCAGGCAUGCGUUAACAUACCCGGAUGCCCCAUAUAUACCCAAUGACAAGGUGAGGUAAUGGAGUGUUGAAUGAGCUCCCUCCAACCAUCUAAAACCUCCUCUGAGAUGGAAGAAGGGGAUCAGAUACCUUCGGAACCGUAACGGAUCAAGCCUGGCUAAUACGCUGGCUAAGCAAUGUCACAGCCCAGACCUGAUUGAGCUGAUUUCUAUUAGCGUUGCGUGACUUUGAAACGCAUGGCAGGGCCCACACACAAACAUACAUAUUACACACACACACACACACGUACGCAUACAUACACAGACAUGUAUGUAUGCACACACACACACACACGGUAGGUCAGCGCCGCUAACGUUCAUUAGCGCCAUUAUCCUAGGUAUUAGCCCCUAGCGCAUGACUGCUAACUGACUGACUAUCUGUCUAUAGAGGUUAGUCUCCAGCCCUGUGCCGCUGUGCCAGUCGCUUACCUAUGAAAUUAUGAGACCCAUUCACUGGGGAUGGCUGGCACAAGAAUGGCAUCGCAGCAGCUCCCAAGGGUGUUAACCAUACACACACACACACACACCAUGUCAAUCACUGGGGGAGGACCAUCCCAGAAUCCUCCUCCAGAGGUGUCAGAGGGCUGUUGCUGCGUGUCACUGCUCAUUAGUGGGAGUGCAUCCUUGGCCAACAUCCAGCGCAGGCAAGAGGGUGGGGGCGUAAUAGGAGACCUAAUGAAUAUGCUAAUGCUGUUUGCGCCCUCUAUCUCUCUUUCUCGCUUUUCUCUAUCUUCCUCGUUCUUUCUCGCUGCUUGGUUAAUUUGGUGAGUGUUUAGGGGUCAACAUGGAGCGAUGCUCUCAUAGAGCGAUGCAUCUUCUUGCCGCUGAGAUCCAUUUCCCUGACCUUUGACCUGUAUCUCUGGGGCACAUUCCCCACUGAAACCCACCACAUAUUGAUUGUGAGUGUGUGUAGGGAGGUGGUAUCAAGUGGAUAGUGAAUACUAUUCAAGAGACUUACACUGAUCUUUUCCCCCACGUCUUCUCACGAGUGCUCAGCUCUGGCACUGUAAGCACUGUGUGUGUGAAAGUGUCCUGUAUUGCUAACGCUUGUUGGUGUUGUCUGCUCUAUUAGCGUUGUCUAAUGUUCUCUGUAUCGGUCUGUUUCCAUUCCCAGGUGCCCAAAGUGACCCACACAGAGUUCUGCCAGGGACGGACCAUGCGCUGGGCACUGGCCUGGAGUUUCUAUGAUGACGUUACUGUUCCGGUAAGCUCCCUUGGGUCCUCUCCCAACCAGUUCAUCUACAGUGGAAGAGGAGGAAGGCAUAAGCAUGGCAUCACCUCUCUCUCUCGUGCUUUCUCUCGUUCUCUCUCUCUCGUUCUUUCUCUCUCUCUCGCGUGCUUUCUCUCUCUCGCGUGCUUUCUCUCUCUCGCGUGCUUUCUCUCUCUCGCGUUCUUUCUCUCUCGUUCUUUCUCUCUCUCGUGCUUUCUCUCUUUCUGUCGUUCUUUCUCUCUCUCUCUCCCCUUCUUCUCCCUCCCUCAUUCCCAGUCAUCCAGGGGCAUGUCCUAACUAUACCCCUGCUGCUUUUCCAGACGUUCCCAACCUCCCCACACUUCCUUAAUAAUGCAUUUGCGGCCCAUCCCACUCCACUCCCCAGCCCAUUUCAUUAGGGAACGCAGGCAGCACUCAACCCACCCUGGGGAGAUGCUUGCGUCCCUCCCCUAAUUUGCUGUAUCCAGGCAACAGUUGCCGGGGCAGGAGUGUGCGCACAUGCACGCCAUGCCAUUAGGCUCUUGGGCCACUGAGGGUGUGAUAGAAUGAGAGGGGGAGAGAGAAGAGUGAGCAAAGCGCACCAUAGAGAUCAAUGUGAGAGUGUGAAAGCUGGAAAUAUUAGGCAUAAGAGCGAGAAUAAAAAGGGAGCUAGAGGGGCGUGGGGGUGGAACGUGGAGUGUUACAGUAUAUGAAGGACUUAUUUGGUCUCAGUAGAAUUUGUGUAGUCUCGUUUGCCUUUCACCACAAAGGCAGUUGAGCAGAAAGAUUGGCCUACAUUUUACUGCCCUCUCCUCCUCUCUCCUCUCUUUACACAGUGGAGCACUGCGUCAUUACCAGGCAGACUGGGGAGGAGUGUGUGGAUGACCCCACACCUGUGUGUGUAUGUCUGACUGAUGUGUAAUGCAGGAAGUGUCUCACCAGGCACAUGGACAUAAUCUGAUCCCUUCAUUACAGAGGGAGGGGAGAGCUAGAAACAGACUGAGCACAAUGGAGAGAUGGGGCGGCAGGUAGCUUAGUGGUUAAGAGCGUUGUGCCAGUAACCGAAAGGUCGCUGGUUCUAAUCCCCGAGCCGACUAGGUGAAAAAUCUGUCGAUGUGCCCUUGAGCAAGGCACUUAACCCUAAUUGCUCCUGUAAGUCGCUCUGGAUAAGAGCGUCUGCUAAAUGACCAAUUAUAAUUAUAAAAGAUGGGGAGAGAGAAGGUACAAAGACCAUAAAAGGAGACUUGGAGAGAGAAUUAGAGAGAACAAGAAAUGAGAGAAUCAGAGAGAGCGUUUAGUCAUUUAGCAGACGCUCUUAUCCAGAGCGACUUACAGUUAGAGUGCAUACAUUUUCAUACUGUUUCAUUCUGUUGUUGUUGUUGGUCUCUGUGUUCUCUGAGUGUCAUGUGACACUGUGGGCCCAGAGCAGGGGGCGUGUCUGGUAUGCAGCCAGUCAGGAGAAGAUUUACAGUAGGGGGCGGGGUUAGGGAGGGGUCAGAGGUCAACAGGAACAAGAGGUUCUGGAGGCCCCACAGGGAGAGGAAAAGGGGGGAUUGAGUGGGAUUUGGUUAAAUGGCCAUCUCUCUUCUGCUGAUCUGUCUGUGUGUGUGGUCAGUAAUUGAAUAAUGGCCUAUUACAGGGUUCUUCAAUUCCGGUCCUGGAGGGCCGAAACACUUGUUUUUUAUUUCUACCUGGUAGUUAAUUGCACUCACCUGGUGUCCCAGGUCUGAAUUAGCCCCUGAUUAGAAGGAGAGGAUGAAAAUCAGAGGUGUUUCGGCCCUCCAGGACCGGAAUUGAAGAACCCUGGCCUAUUAUCUAGGGAGCCAUGCUGGGGCUCUGUUUGUUGAGCUGAGCUCCCAGGCUUGAGUCCUGGUUGGACAAUUGGGGCAGACUGGCUGCUAGAGAGAGAGAAACACAGACAGUCUGGCUACACUAGACAACUAGAGCAAGGUGUGGUCAAAACAGAAUACAGAAAGCUAUCUUUCUCAUGUGUGUGGACUGGGCACACAUGAGUGUAUGAGGAGGUGGGAGUGGGUGAGUCAGAUUAAUAAUAGAGAGAAAGAUUGAAAGGGAAAGGGAGGGAGAGAGAGAGGGUAAAAAUGAAUCAGACUAGAUGAGGAGAGGUGUUCUUUCCUGUCUGUGCUUUUUGUGUAUGUGCUUGUGGGUGUGUGUAAGUGUUUUUCUGUGUGUGCUUUUGUCUAGGAGUGUAUGUUUAUCUCUUUGUGUAUGAAUCUGUGUGUGUACGUGCAUUUGAGUGUGUGUACUGCGUUACUGUGUGUGUAUCUAUGUCAAGGAUGUGCUGUACAGACAGACUGGCUGCAAUCCUUGAUGGAUUGUAUUGAUUUUUUUCCUCUUCCUUUGAGCUGCAGGGGCUUACUGAGCAGAGAGAGAAGGGCUGGGAAACAAUAAGGAACACAUGAAGCAGCUAUAACAAGGCCUGGCUGGUAUAGACUCACUAGACAGACCUUGGUUCAAAUACUAUUUGAAGUCUUUAGUUUGCUUUAGCUUUCCUGGAGUGCCAGAUGGGCGGGGGGGCUAGUAGUUUUGCGAUUGUUCUAUUGGUUCCUUUGAGCCAUGCAAUCUUAAAUCGAGCCCAAGUCCAGGUCUGAGUCUAGACACACUCAAUUCUUUCUCUAUUGACCAGUCUGAUAACACAUGUUUUCUAUGGAAAGAGAAUACUUGAAUUAAACAUGACUGUCUUCAUUCAAGUAUUUCAUACAGUAAGUAUACAACCACACAAAUUACGUUAUCUCACAGGAUAACCGGUAACAGAGAACUUAUCUAGGACCAGUCUGAAGGUCGAAGUCCAGUCCUCCAUUCUGUGCAGGUUGGCCAUAUUGUCUGACUGAUUGACUGACAUGUCAUUAUUGCAUUGUUUCACUGCAGACCCGAUCUGGCAAUCAGGUGCAUUUAAAUAGGAUUUUAUUGACCUAUAGCACUGUUGUUUGUAUAAGGUAGAGCCCUGUGGUAUUAUUAUGUGGGGACUUGCUUAGAGAAGGAAUGCUUCCACCAUAGCAGCAUGGCACCAGUGGCAGCUCCAAGACAAGGCACAGCAGGGCCAAUGUCCAUGCAGGGGCGUAGGACUAAAUCACGUGGAAGGAGCUCCCCCUUGCGGUGUGUUUUGAUAUUGCCAACUCCAUUUUGUUAUUGGUGUGGUUCUUUGCCUUUACAAUUCAAUGUGAUGACACUACGAUGAGCUAAGAAGGAGGGUGGAGGGUGAAAAAGAGCAGAGUCAUGGGGAGGGAAAGAGCGAGGGAGAGACUCAUCUGGCCUAAACGGACAGGAGGAGUCAUCACCGGUCCAGGAAUCCAAGACUCUCUCUCCCUCUUCACUUCCUCUCGCUCUCCAUCAAUCCCCCUUUCACUCACUCAUUGUCACAUUCUUUCUUUCAUUCACUCAUUGUCACACGGAAUGAGUGAGCUGAAGUAUUUCGCUUCCUCUCUUCUCCUCCUCCCUCUUACCUCCAUCUGUUUUUCUCUCCUCUCCUUCAUCUAAACCCAUCAUUCCCCAGCCAUCCAGAGGGGUUUCCAUGGUGACUAGGACAGUGAGACUUUACCAGCUCACUUCUUUAGAAAUUAUUGUUGACUCAACGUCGUCAAUGUCUAAGCUUGUAUGUGUUUGUGCAUGCUUUUGGGUCAGAGUGAACUUGAGUCAGUUUCUCUGUGAGGGUGUGUAGUGUACUACUUUUGUGUCAGGUCAGAGUGAACUUGAGUGCAUCAGAUAUGUAUGAUGGCAUGUGCAGUAUGAGUGUGGAAUGCCGUAGUGUGUAGAACUGGGACACACUUGUCUUUUAGCACCUUUAGGUUCACGAAUGCUGUUCCAGUGAAUUUGUUUGACUAACAUGCUUGUCUGAACAACAUACUGUACCUGUGAAUGUGUAGGGAUUUAGAUUGUUCAUUUGCCAGCAGUCUUACACACGUCAUCAUGAAUCACCCUUUAUUUAUCUGGGCAGGUUGAGGAUGGAUUCAAAUUUUCCAAAUAAAUGUUUUACAUGCAUUGAAGUAUGUGACUACGUCUUCACCAGAAGUUUUUAAUUGAAUAUUAUGACAGUGGUACCUCUUUCGGUAAACCCCACAUACUCUCUCUCCAUCUCCCGCCCCUCAGUCUCCCCCCAGUAAGAAGAGGAAGCUGGAGAAGUCUCGUAAGCCACUGUCCUUCAUGCUGCUGCAGCCCACAGUGAAGGAGCUGCAGUCCCAGGCCUCCUCUAUAGGCUGUCCCUCCAACCCCAGGCCUGUAGAGACCAUCACUGCCUGGCUGGAGAAGACACUCAGUGACCUAAAGGUAAACACACACAGGGUUUUUUCAGGAUAAAAAACGGGCUUAGUUGGUGGGCGUGGUCAACCCAGGCCUGUGUGCAAGAAUUUUAAAGGCACCCAUCUUGGCAGGGGAGAGCAAAUUUUGCUGUUUUUAAAGCUGAUUUCCUGCAAUUCUACACAUUUUGCCAUGGAGCUGAGAAAAUGUUGCGGUUUAAAAAUGAAUUUCCUGCAAUUCUACGCAUUUUUCCAUGGCUUAUGCUGUGUUAUUAUUAGUGCUGAGCGAUUACUGCUUUUUGAGGUCCGUUUCAGCUCGAUUAUUUUAAAAAAAUCACUGUUUUCAAUUUAGAUUAUAAAAAAUAAAAAAAACAUUACAUGCACAAUGCAUUAUGUGGGUUGAAUGCUAUAACACAGAAUAAAACAAUUAAUAAAAGUCCCAUGAUGGUAGUGACUGCCCAUUACUGCUUAAUCAAUUAUUAACCAUAAUUUAUUCACAUUACUUUAAUAAAAUAGUUUUGUUCUUGUGUAUACAGUGAGGGAAAAAAGUAUUUGAUCCCCUGCUGAUUUUGUACGUUUGCCCACUGACAAAGAAAUGAUUAGUCUAUAAUUUUAAUGGUAGGUUUAUUUGAACAGUGAGAGACAGAAUAACAACAAAAGAAUCCAGAAAAACGCAUGUCAAAAAUGUUAAAAAUUGAUUUGCAUUUUAAUGAGGGAAAUAAGUAUUUGACCCCCUCUCAAUCAGAAAGAUUUCUGGCUCCCAGGUAACGAGCUGAGAUUAGGAGCACACUCUUAAAGGGAGUGCUCCUAAUCUCAGCUUGUUACCUGUACAAAAGACACCUGUCCACAGAAGCAAUCAAUCAAUCAGAUUCCAAACUCUCCACAAUGGCCAAGACCAUAGAGCUCUCCAAGAAUGUCAGGGACAAGAUUGUAGACCUACACAAGGCUGGAAUGGGCUACAAGACCAUCGCCAAGCAACUUGGUGAGAAGGUGACAACAGUUGGAGCGAUUAUUCGCAAAUGGAAGAAACACAAAAUAACUGUCAAUCUCCCUCGGCCUGGGGCUCCAUGCAAGAUCUCACCUCGUGGAGUUGCAAUGAUCAUGAGAACGCUGAGGAAUCAGCCCAGAACUACACGGGAGGAUCUUGUCAAUGAUCUCAAGGCAGCUGGGACCAUAGUCACCAAGAAAACAAUUGGUAACACACUACGCCGUGAAGGACUGAAAUCCUGCAGCGCCCGCAAGGUCCUCCUGCUCAAGAAAGCACAUAUACAGGCCCGUCUGAAGUUUGCCAAUUAACAUCUGAAUGAUUCAGAGGAGAACUGGGUGAAAGUGUUGUGGUCAGAUGAGACCAAAAUCGAGCUCUUUGGCAUCAACUCAACUCGCCAUGUUUGGAGGAGGAGGAUUGCUGCCUAUGACCCCAAGAACACCAUCCCCACCGUCAAAAAUGGAGGUGGAAACAUUAUGCUUUGGGGGGGUUUUUCUGCUAAGGGGACAGGACAACUUCACCGCAUCAAAGGGACGAUGGACGGGGCCAUGUACCGUCAAAUCUUGGGUGAGAACCUCCUUCCCUCAGCCAGGGCAUUGAAAAUGGGUCGUGGAUGAGUAUUCCAGCAUGACAAUGACCCAAAUCACAUGGCCAAGGCAACAAAGGAGUGGCUCAAGAAGAAGCACAUUAAGGUCCUGGAGUGGCCUAGCCAGUCUCCAGACCUUAAUCCCAUAGAAAAUCUGUGGAGGGAGCUGAAGGUUCGAGUUGCCAAACGUCAGCCUCGAAAACCUUAAUGACUUGGAGAAGAUCUGCAAAGAGGAGUGGGACAAAAUCCCUCCUGAGAUGUGUGCAAACCUGGUGGCCAACUACAAGAAACGUCUGACCUCUGUGAUUGCCAACAAGGGUUUUGCCACCAAGUACUAAGUAAUGUUUUGCAGAGGGGUCAAAUACUUAUUUCCCUCAUUAAAAUGCAAAUCAAUUUAUAAAAAUUUUGACAUACGUUUUUCUGAAAUUUUUUGUUGUUAUUCUGUCUCUCCCUGUUCAAAUAAACCUACCAUAAAAAUUAUAGACUGAUCAUUUCUUUGUCAGUGGGCAAACGUACAAAAUCAGCAGGGGAUCAAAUACUUUUUUCCCUCACUGUACCUAUAAAAAGUCUACACCCUGUUGAACUUUUUUUUCACAUUUUGUUGCGUUACAAAGUGCGAUUUAAUACACUGUAUAUACAAAAGUAUGUGGACACCCCUUCAAAUUAGUGGAUUCGGCUAUUUCAGCCACACCCGUUGCUGACAGGUGUAUAAAAUUGAGCACACCGCCAUGCAAUCUCCAUAGACAAACAUUGGCAGUAGAAUGGCCUUACUGAAAAGCUCAGUGAUUUUGGUCUGGUGCGGUUUUUCAUGGUUCGGGCUAGGCUCCUUAGUUCCAGUGAAGGGAAAUCUUAAUGCUACUGCAUACAGUGACAUUCUAGAUGAUUCGGUGCAUCCAACUUUGUGGCAACAGUUUGGGGAAGGCCUUUUCCUGUUUCAGCAUGACAAUGCCCUAUGCACAAAGCGAGGUCCAUACAGAAAUGGUUUGUCGAGAUCUGUGUGGAAGAACUUGACUGGCCUGCACAGAGCCCUGACCUCGACUCCAUCGAACACCUUUGGGAUGAAUUGGAACACCGACUGUGAGCCAGGCCUAAUCGCCCAACAUCAGUGCCCAACCUCACUACUGCUCUUGUGGCUGAAUGGAAACAAGUCCCUGCAGCAAUGUUCCAACAUCUAGUGGAAAGCCUUCUUAGAAGAGUGGAGGCUGUUAUAGCAGCAUAGGGGGGACCAACUCCAUAUUAAUGCCCAUGAUUUUGGAAUUAGAUGUUUGACGAGCAGGUGUCCACAUACUUUUGGUCAUGUAGUUUAUUUAAUUGUAAUUUUUUGUCAACAAGCUACACAAAAUACUCUGUCAAAGUGGAAGAAAAAGUAUAUAUUGUUCAAUAUUUGCACAAAAUUCUUAGUUCUAUCAAGGUGUUGGAUCAUGGCUAGACACCAUUUUCAAGACUUGCUAUAGAUUUUCAAGCAGAUUUAAGUCAAAAGUGUAACUUGCCCACUCAGGAACAUUCACUGUCUUCUUGAUAAGCAACUCCAGUGUUUCCUCUAGUGCUUAGCUCCAUCCCGUUUCUUUUCAUCCUGGAAAACUCCCCAGUCUUUGCCUAUGUCAAGCAUACCCAUACCAUGAUGCAGCCACCACCAUGCUUGAAAACAAGGAGGCAGUUACUCACUGAUCUGUUGUUGGAUUUGCCCCAAACAUAAGGCUUUGCAUUUAGGCCAAAAGGUGUGUUUUUGCCGUAUUACUUUAGUGUCUUUUGCACACAUGUUUUGGAAUAUUUUGUAUUCUUCUUUUCACUCUGUCAUUUAGGUCAUUAUUGUGAAGUCACUACAAUGUUGAUCCAUCCUCAGUUUUCUCCCAUCACAGCCAUUGAACUCUGUAGCUGUUUUAAAAUCACCAAUGGCCUCAUGGUGACAUCCCUAAGCAGUUUCCUUCCUGUCCUUCAGUUCAAAAGGACGACUGCAUCUUUGAUGUGUCUGGGUGGUUUAAUACAUCAUCCAUAGCAUAAUUAUUAACUUGACCAUUCUUAAAGAGCCUUUCAAUGUCUUAUUUGUUAUUGUUACCCAUCUACCAAUCACUGGCUUUCGAAAAGCUCCCUGGUCUUUGUAGUUUAAUCUGUGCUUGAUAUUCAAUACUUGACAGAGACCUUACAGAUGUUGUUUGUAUGGGGGACAGAGGAAGGGUUAGUCAUAAAAAAAAUGUCAACCCCUAUUAUUUCACACAGUGAGUCCAUAUAACUUGUGAUUUGUUAAGCCAAAUUUUACUUCUGAAUUAAUUUAGGCUUGCCUAAAACAAAAGGGGUGAAUAGUUAUGCAACGGCUAUAUUUUUUCACUUUGAUCUACACAAAAUACUCCAUAACGUCAAUGACAAAAAAUUGCAAAUAAAUCUAUUUCAAUCCCACUUUGUAAAGCAACAAAAUUUGAAAAAAUAUUCAAGGUGGUGUAGACUUUCUAUAGGCAUUAUUACAUUUGUUUUAUUUGAUGAUUUUAUUACAUUCCACGUGACCAUCUCAUCUCUAAAGAGCUGCUGUCUGACAAAAAUCACUAUUUUAGUAGUACUUCAAAGUAUAUCAGGCAUACUUUUAUGACUGCUGAAUACCAACUAUCAGUCACUUAGAUAAUGUAUUUUCAGGUAGAGAUACCUCGAAGCAACUCCUCUCUAUCCCUCAGCGAUUCUCUCUCGCUGUGUCUACCCCACACUAACCUAAUGUAGCAGGCAUAAAAGAAACACAGCACACAGACCCCACAAGUAGGCACGUAAUGGAUUAUGGUCAUUGUAGUUAAUUACCACAUUUUCUGCACUAAACUAUGUAGAAUAUUGGACUGUUGGAAACUACAGCUCCUUACUAACUCCCACAGUUCGGGCUUGAUCUGAAAAUGGAAUUCAAAUAAUUGAAUGGACAUCGGUCAAUUAGUUGUUAAAAAAAUUAAAUGUUUUGGUUAAUCGCUCAGCACUAGUUCUAAUGCUCAAACAUAAGGAAAUCAAUUGGGCCCCAAAAUACUCCUGAAUCCGUCAUUAUUUGAAUUUUAGAUUCUCCCUGACUGUCUAGCUUAUACAAAAAAAAAAAUAGGUCCAUUAUCAUUUCUACAUACUUUUUAAAUAUGGUUUUAGUCGUUUUAUAUUUACACUGAAAAUUAUUUUCCAUCCCGAAAAAUAUGUAUUUUUCAAAUACGUUUUUUUUAUUACUGUUUGGACUUAGGCAGCCCGCCCAAUACUUUUCUAUGCAGAAAAAACCCUGACACAUACAGCAAUUACAAAAACACUCCGAAACACACAUCACAAGUCCACACUCACUUAGGCACCACACACAGACAACUCCUUAAUCAUUUACAUGUACACAACUCAUUCAUGGACAUACAUACCUUACUGCAAACACACACCCUAACCCAGUUUCUCCAACAGAGGUAUACAAAUCAUAGAUUGUAGACUCAAAAUACACAGCAACCGUGUCAUCUGUGUUCUGCAGGUGCUGCACAAGCGUGUCCCUUGUGGGAGGAAGGAGCAGAGUCUGUUCGUGACGGCUGUGGAGAACACCUGGAUCCACAGGAGACAGAGACGCAGAGACCAGGGCCGACACCUCAGAGAGCUGCCCAGAGCACCCCCCAGUGGUACUUCUACCACCCUUUCCUCAGCCACAGCCCAGCACCCACAGAGCCAGCAGCACUCCUCUACACACACCCCGGAUAGCUCACACUCAGAUUUACACACUCCCACAGCAGCACAGGGGCCAGGCAGUGUUCCACAGUCAGGGACCAACCGGGCCGAUGGAGCCGACUCUCAGGGGGUCAUCUGUGUCCCAGUAGAGAACAGUGGGACAGAGGAGGAUGUCAUCAUGGAGUCUUCUCCUAUCUCUACAACACCCAAUACCACACUGGCACAGACCGCACUACCCACCACGACACAGAAACAGGAAACCACCCCACAGGAAGUACCUACUGAAACACAGGAAGAGGAAGUCAAUGCCACUGGACAGGAAGUGAUGCAGCCACAGAGCCCCAGCGCUGUACAACACUUCCUAUUCAAGUGCUUGGUUUACGUGAAGGCUGAGGAGCAGGACGUUGCCGUGGAGAUACACUGGGUGGAAGGCCAAAACAAGGACGUGAUGAACCAACUGUGUACCUACCUGAAGAACACUCUGUUUAAAUUGGUGGCCAAGCCACUGGGG